AAGCUUCGAGUCUGUCUGAGAGUAGGCUGCUUCUUCCAAACAUGGGUGCCUGCCUGGGAGUGUGUUCCCUGCUGAGCUGUGCUUCCUGUCUGUGUGGCACAGCACCAUGCCUUCUUUGUGGAUGUUGCCCAUCUACGAAGAAUUCAACCAUCACACGGCUGACAUUUUCCAUCUUUUUGCUUCUUGGAACCUUUGUAGCUUGCAUUAUGCUCAUACCUGGGGUGGAAAAUGGACUGAAGAAGUUGCCUUGGUUCUGCGCCACAUCAACUACCUUUGCAGGCACUGUAAAUUGUGAUAUCAUCGUUGGCCACCAAGCUGUGUACCGCAUGUGUUUUGCUACGGCUGCAUUUUUCUUUCUUUUUGUAUUAAUAAUGAUAUGUGUGCGGAGCAGUCGUGAUCCAAGAUCAUAUAUACAGAAUGGGUUUUGGUUUUUCAAGUUCCUGAUUUUCGUGGGGAUCACUGUUGGUGCUUUCUUUAUCCCUAAUGGAAACUUCACUACUGUGUGGUAUUAUUUUGGUAUGGUUGGUGGCUUCCUGUUCUUCUUGAUCCAGCUUAUACUCAUUAUUGAUCUUGCCCAUUCCUGGAGUCAGUCUUGGCUUCAGCAGGCUGAAGAUGGCAAUACAAAGUGUUGGUAUGCAGCUCUUCUGAUAUGUACUGUGCUGAUCUACGCUGGUGCAAUUGCCUCCAUUGUGUGUCUGUAUAUUUACUACACUGGAUCAGGUGAUUGUGUUCACAACAAAGUAUUCAUCAGUCUCAACCUCAUAUUCUGCGUCAUUGUUUCUGUAGUGUCUAUUCUUCCCAAGGUACAGGAGGCUCAGCCCCAUUCAGGAUUACUACAAGCAUCUGUUAUUACAUUGUAUACAGUAUUUAUCACUUGGUCUGCAAUGGCAAAUGUUCCAGACAAAAUUUGCAAUCCUACAUUGCUUCCUAUUGUGCAUAACGGAUCCAGUACUGCCAGCACCAUCUACGCUCAGUGGUGGGAUGCCCCCAGCAUUGUGGGACUUGUGAUCUUUAUUUUGUGUACUCUCUUUAUUAGCAUCCGUAACUCCAGCAACCAGCAAGUGAACAAGAUGAUGUUAACGGAAGAGAGUUCUGGGGAUGGGGGAGUUCACACCACUGAAGAUGGGGCUCAUAGAGCCUAUGAUAAUGAAGAGGAGGGAGUCUGCUAUAGCUACAGCUUUUUCCAUUUUUGUCUUUUCCUUGCCUCACUCUACAUUAUGAUGACACUCACAAACUGGUAUUUGCCAGGAUCCUCUGACUUUUCGGUGACCAGCCCCUGGUCUGCAGUGUGGGUGAAGAUUUCCUCCAGCUGGGUUGGACUCCUUCUUUAUUUGUGGACAUUAGUUGCCCCCCUGAUUCUCCACGACAGAGAGUUUAGCUAAUCUGGCAAAAUGGCUAGUGCUUCACAUGUACCUGUUAUGCUUUUGUCCUA